AUGCCGAUGCCAAACGGAAAAAACGAAACGAACAGUUUCAAAAAACAGAGAAGGUGGUCGCUAAUUGGAAUUUUAUCGAAAAAAAAGAAAUUAAAAAAAAGUCAAGAGAGCGUAGAUUUUUGUCCUUAUGACGGAAAAAUCAAUCAAAAAGUGGCACAAAACGAUCAUUUGAAACCUUCUGCGGAUUGCCUUAUCGAGCAGUACACUUGUAGUCCCAGGUUAAUAAGAAGAUGUAACUCGUUACAGUACACGGACAAAGUGUCGGCGUAUUCGAACAUUAUUAACACUGGACAACCUUCGGCGUUAAACGAAUGGAAAUCGUCGCAGCAAUCUGUGUACAGCUCCGGUUCGAGCGCGUGUUAUAGCGAUAUCGGUGUGUAUAAUAGAAACAUCGGAAACGGCGACCGACCGGCGUAUUAUUAUAAUAUCGAGGAAGAAAACGAUGAGCAAACAUUUCCGGUCUCGUCGAACGUGCCGUUCAGGUGUUCGUCCGAAGUCGGACAUUACCAAAAUAAAAUGAACUAUAAUAACAAUCGUAAACACUAUAAUACUGUUGCACUAUCCGGAAGUCCGAAAAGACUAACCGGUAAAAAAAUCCCGCCCCCUCCGCCGCCCAGAGAUCCGAACGUAAAAGCGGUGUAUUAUUUCCGAAACAAUAGGCUCGUGUCCCGGGAAUCGGAUUCAACGUACUUUUCGCAGGGUUCGGACGAUAAUAUAUCGGAAAAUGGAAAAUUCCACGAGACCGAAAUAGACGAAUGUAAAAAUGAAUGCCGCGGCGAUUUCGCGAAAAAACCCGGCCCGAGGAGUAGACGGCCGAUACAGAUUUGCGACGUUAACACUCUGUCCACGGAAUCGGAAAAACCGGAACCCUGCAAACCGCAAAGCGUGGAAGAAGCUCUCCAAGAAUUGGAAAACAUAUACAACAGUUUGGGACUAAGCGACGACGAAGAUCUGCUGGACAGAGCCGAACGACGCGACCUUCCUACGCUGCAUCAAAACAUGCGCUACCAGGGUUCGGACGAACUCGACUGCGUGACCGUCAAACGAGUGUUACCGAAAACACGGCGAUCCGGCGUCCCAGAUAUCGUGGCCGACGAUAUGGCUUACAGACGACUGAACAGAAGAGAAUCGAAACGGCAAAGCUUUGUCCCGGGAAGUUUUCUUCUAGUUUUUCCGACCAUUUAUAAUCUGGAUACGACCCCUAGGCCGCUCGGCGAACCCGACAUCACGCUGGACGAUGUCGUGUUCAGAAGCCGUAGACAAAACCUCAACUUCCUCAAGAUACCCGACCGGCAACCGCCUUUCGGGAUUCCUUUGGGCCCGAUAGUGGGAGCUGCCCCCAGUGAUUAUUUGCACGCGGUGCCCGAAGGUCGGUAUAAACCAUCGUUUCACCCCAGAAGAGUUCCGGACACGGUCGAAGACGAUUUGGCUUUUCGGAGUCUCAGGAAAGAUAACAAGUACAAAGCGUGUUUCGAUUUUUCGUUCGUCCAUCGUAAUCGAUUCUGCAAAACUGACGGCAUGGUUCCAAGGACGGCUGACUACGGUAAUGUUAAUAAAAUAAUAAAAAACGACACGCACUGGAUUAUUGAAAAAACGAAAUUCGCGGAUCGUCCGAAUAAUAAUGCGGAUCGAGUAAAACUCUUGUUCGACGAUUCGGCCGUCGCGGCCGUGGCCGCUGCUAAUAACGGCCAAAAUUUAAUGGUAGUCAAGAUCAAUCAUCAUAGACCGAUUAUGCUCUCGGGGUUCACGUUGGACGAUGCCGACCGAUUGAGUAAGUCGUUUUUUCGCACGAACCUAUUACAACAGCACGAACCUCGCAAUAACGAUAAUGUACAUUUGUCGAAACGUGACACACGUACGACGACGACGCCCGACUGUGCUCCGCAAUCAAUUAACAAUAAUAAUAAUAAUAACAUUAACAAUAAUAAUAACAAUAAUUGUUCGUCGAUUCGAGCACCGUACAAGAACGCCUUAAUAGGCGCGGUUCCCGCGGCCGCAGUAAAACGACACGGCGGCCGAGUUCUGUUCGGAAACGUAAUCGGCUGCCCUGACGACGACGCCGUCUUGGUCGUCGGUAAGAAUCAACCGAAUUUCCGAGAGCUAAUCGAACGGGAAUACGCGCACAGGACGUUGUCGUUGACCGAAUACCGGCCGCAGUUAUCGAAUCGACGAAGAGGGCCGGCGUGCGGCGACCGUGUGCCGGCGGCCGACAAUGGAAUUAAUACGAUUAAAUCUCGUAAUAACGAUAGUAAUAAUAGCGAUGACGACAAUAAUAACAGCGAUGACGACAAUAAUAGUACGACGACGACUACAACAACUAUUAAUACGAUUACAACUGCGGUCCGUUCGACCGGCGGCGCUAUUAUUGCGUUCAGGCCGAAGACCGGCGACGAUCACGUCGGAUUAUCGGCGCCGGAAAAUCGAACCGCAGCGCCGCCGCCGUCGUCCCCGACCGCCCCGGAGGAACUGGACUCGUCGUCGUCGACGUCUUUGGCGGCAUAUCCGAACCGCGCGACGGCCGCUACGAUUUUCCCCGGAUACACGGAGGUGUGCUUGUACAUCACAGUAUAUGUUUAUCAACUAUUUAAUGUAAACGCGUACUACUACAGCACUCUUAUCGCAUUGAUCUUCCUCGUAGCUUUACGCGUUUGUAGACGCUUGUCGUGAAUGUCAUGAUAUAACCAAUAACGAUAUCUUUUUUUUAUUAUUAUUAUUAUUUAUUUAUUUAUUAAAAUGUGUACGAUUUUUUUUUUUUUUUUUUGUCGAAUUAAUAAUAUUUUAUUAUAUGCUUUUUGUCGCUUUUUGUUUCCCCUCCCCCCCUCACUAUACAAUAUUUAUUUGUUACCUGUCUACACUAUUAUUAUAUAUAAUAUACUGUUUAUUGUCAAAGAUGGUUCCAUGAGAGGAACAAAGCUGCUCCCCCCCCCCUCUUGUGAAUUCGUGUCCCCCUCUCAGUAUUAUUGUAUACGUCAUAUGAUCCGUUUUACAUUAGUGGUUUAAAUCUGCAGGUCCCGGGGUUCGAUCCGUUCUAUGAUCAAUGGCCAGUCCCGUAAAUAUUUCUAUAGGUUGAUCGGUCAAUUCACGCCAAAAUGUUACAUUUUAUCGGGCUUAUAAAUUUCAGUCAAAUAGUGUUUUUAUCAUUUUUACCAGUGGUGGAUUUCAGGUGGGUGACAAGACAAUCGCCACCUCCGUGGACCUAAAUAUUUGCUUGCUCCCCCUACCACGAUGGUCUAGUGUCGCCUAUGCAUUUUGUUACUACUACUGUUAAUACUUAUUAUUAUUAUUUAACUAUUAUCGUUGUUGUUAGUUUUACUCUUUUUAUUACUAUUACGAAUAUUUAUUAUAGGUUAGUAGGUGAUAGGAUUAAACCGAAAAAUAAAAAUAAAAUCUGUGUACGUUUUUGUGAAGUCAGUUUCGUAAUAAAAAAAAAAACGUUAUGUAUACACGCUGGGAGAAAAUAAAAAAACUGCACAACGCAUUAUAAUAAUAUUAUAUAUUAUAUAUUAUUACACAGUUGGUUUUUUUUUUCCUUGUAUCCCCUCUCUUUCUCUUACACACUAUAAUAAUAUUAUACUCUGCAAUGUUUCUCUGUCUCUGUCGUUCACUAUCCGCGCUUGUGUAAUUUAGUCUGCAGCAGUGUCUGUUGUCGUAAAUAUUAUACUCGUAUACACUAUUAUACUAUACCUCGUGCGCCUUCAUUAUAAUAAUAAUGUGUAUAGUCGGUAAAAAAAAAAAAACAGUUCUAUCUAGUUUGAAAAAUAAUGAUCGAGCGUUAACAACACAACGCAGGUAUGGUUUAAAAAAAAAAAAAAACAAUCUGCCGGUACACUAUAAUGUAAUAAUAAUUAAUUUUUUUUUUCAUCUUGACCCACCAAAUAUAGAAAAACGAACACUUGACAAUAAUAUAAGUAUACUCGAAGGUGCAGUGUGUCGUUUAUCAAAAAAACAAUAUAUUUUUUUAUGAAUUAAAAACCUACAUUCCUAUUAACAAUUAUUGUUGACGAAGGUUUCAUUUUUUAUAGUAGGUAGUUUUUAUAGCGUGGAAAAUUAAUUUCAAGAAUAUCAAUUAUUAUCAUUAUUAUUACAAUUGUUUCGUGUUUCACUCUAAUAAAAUUAUACCGCAUGUUCUGAAAUUAAUAACAAUAUAGUCAGUAUAUUCUCGUAUUAUUAAUUUUAUUACCUAUAGUUUAAGUGUAACAUUAAAUUCUCGAAUGUGGUAGUUAACUUUCUUAUCCUGUGGUCACCGACAAUUGAUUAGUAGUGACAACUUUCUCUGAAUUGAAUUUUCGAAUUUUUUUACUGGAUGAGUAUAUAUGCAUUAUAGUUUAGCCCAGACAGAGACAUAUAACUUGUUUUUUUCUCCAUAUUAUUAGUUAUGCAUAUUCUUAUCUCUCUGAGAUUCUAUUUAUUUUUAAGGUCAGAAUAUGUAGUGAAAAGCUAAAACUGUUUAACAACACAAUGCACAUAAUAAUAUAUAUAUAUUACUAUAAAAUAUUAUAUUAGUCCAAGCACACUAAUCAUGUAUGUAUUGUCGUGCACUCGCCUAAACAUUUUUUUUUAAAAGAAAUUUAAAAUUGAGACUUGUAUUUUGUUACCUACUAAUAUAAUAAUAUUAUAACCUUUGAUAAUUUUACAAAAAUUUAAAUUAUAUCUAUAAUAUUGUUUUAAAAUUCGUAUUUGAUUGUUUUUCAGGACGGCAAGGAUGUAAAUGUAACCUAG